AACCUAAUCUCUCCCCCUAAAUCUCUAGAUCCGUAAUGCACCUUAAUCCCACACAUACUUAGCCUCUCCCAAUUUCAAAUUCACACACUUUUUUUAUUUUAUUAUUAUUAUUCUCAGUGGGAAAAGCUGGAGAAGAUGAAGUGAGAGACAUCGUGGUUGAGUUGAAGAGAUUCUCCAUUGGUCGGCGUAAUUACUUGCUUCCGACAUAAGUACUCCCUCCUCAGAUCCGGACAUAAGGUGAAGCUCUUUUGACUUGUUGAGUAAUGUCGAGACUUGCGAAAUGGAAGUUGGAGAAAGCCAAAGUCAAAGUUGUCUUUCGGUUGCAGUUUCACGCUACUCAUGUUCCACAAGCGGGAUGGGACAAGCUGUUCAUAUCAUUCAUCCCUGCUGACUCUCCAAAAGCUACGGCAAAGACAACAAAAGCACUUGUGAGAAAUGGAACUUGCAAGUGGGGUGAUCCCAUUUAUGAAACUACAAGGCUGCUUCAGGAUACAAGGACUAAGCAAUUUGAUGAAAAACUGUAUAAGAUUGUUGUCGCUAUGGGCACUUCUAGAUCUAGUAUCCUUGGAGAAGCUAUGAUCAACCUUGCCGAAUAUGCUGAUGCCUUAAAACCGUUUGCCGUAGCAUUGCCCUUGCAAGGCUGUGAUUCAGGAGCUAUCUUACAUGUCACUGUGCAGCUGUUAACUUCAAAAACAGGUUUUAGAGAAUUCGAACAGCAGAGAGAACUUCGGGAAAGGGGACCCUCCACGACCCCUGACCAUAGCAGUCCUGACGAAUCUUCCCGUUCCCGAACUUCACCUUCUGAUGAGUCUCUUAGUCAUGUUGAUAAGACAAAUAUAAAAGGGAGUUUCAGAGAGAAGUUCCGAGAUGAUUCUUUGGUGGAAGAAGCUGUGAGGCCAAAUGAGUCUGAUUCAGCAUUGGGAUUUGAUGUCUCUUCAAACACAUCAGGAAGCAUAAAUGCAGACAAACAUGAUAUAUCCAGCGCAAAUGAAAUUGACAGCCUCAAAAGUAUGGUAUCUGGAGAUCUGAGUGGACUUGCUCAGAGCCCUCAGACAGAGAAAGACGCUCGCGAGUGGCACAAUGGCUGGGGUUCAGAGUAUCUUAACAAGAACAGCGAUUUAGGCAAUGCUAUAGAAGAGAACAUUAAGCUUAAAGGUUUCGUGGAGGACAUGGACUCAUCCAUUAAUGAGAUUAAGAUUGAAGUAAACUCGCUGCAGAGCCAUGCAGAUGAUAUAGGUUCCAAAGCUCAAGAGUUUUCUCAAAUACUUAUUUCAGAGAUUAGUUCUGGGGAUCGGUUGGUCAGAGAAGUAUCUGUGUUGAAAUCAGAGUGCUCAAAAUUAAAAGAAGAGAUGGAGCGCUUACGUAACGUCAAAACACAUGUUGGGUAUAAUAGCAAAGAACAAGAUAAUGUUUCCUACAACCUACAGCUGAAAUGGCUGCAGGGUCUUUCAGUUGUGGAGGAUAACAUCAGAGAAGUUCAAAACAAAGUUUGCUAUAGCUACCAUGACAGGGACUUACGCUUGUUCCUCUCAGACUUUGAGUCUCUGCUCGGAGUUCUACUGGAUUUUAAAAGGGAGAUUAGCCAGCCAAUAUCUCAUCUCAACACAGUACCAUCUGAGAAAACCACCACCUUAGCCGAUAAAAAUGAGAGAGGCAUAUCAGGUUCUCAGUUGGACACUGAGAUUUAUCAACCAGAACUUGAUCCCCUUCAAUAUCUUGGUAUGCCAGAUCUUACAUCUCGUGAACCCAAUUCAGCAGAUUCUGUGAAUGCCAUGAGAGAUAAAAUACUCGAGCUUGUACGAGGGCUGGACGAGUCUAAAGCUGAACGUGAUAGCCUUACCAAGAAAAUGGAUCAGAUGGAGUGCUAUUACGAAUCUCUGGUCCAGGAGCUCGAGGAAACUCAAAGGCAGUUGGUAGUAGAGUUACAGAAUCUAAGGACUGAACAUUCCACAUGCAUCUAUAGUAUCACUGGCGCUAAUGCUGAGAUGGAAACGUUGCGCCAAGAUGUGAAUGAGCAAGCACUCAGAUUUUCUGAGGAGAAGAAAAAUUUAGUUUCUCUGAAUGAAAAACUGGAUAAACGAGCUAUGGCUGCAGAGGCAGCACUUAAAAGGGCCCGCUUAAAUUAUUCCAUUGCUGUCAACCAUUUGCAGAAGGAUCUUGAACUGCUUUCCUCUCAGGUUGUAUCUAUGUUUGAGACCAAUGAAAACCUCAUCAAGCAAGCUUUUCCAGACCCUCCACAAAGCUUUCACGAAUCGACAGGUGAGGCAAAGCCUGAGAAACAAGACACUCGUGAUGUAAAACUCACACAGUUUCAAAAUGAGAAGAAGGGGAUGAAGGAACGGCCCUUAAAGGGUGAUAUUCUUUUAGAAAAUUUGCAGAGAUCUCUUCAUGUGCAAGAAAGCCUAUAUCAAAAGGUUGAAGAAGAACUUUAUGAGAUGCACUCAAGGAACUUAUAUCUGGAAGUAUUCUCGAAAAUUCUUCAGGAGACUUUCCUUCAAGCAAGUGUCGACAUAAAAAUCAUGAAAGGGAAAAUUGAUGAACUUGGAUGGCAGCUUGAGCUUUCAACAGAAGCCAAGGAAAUGUUGAAGCAGAGGCUGGAUAUUACUUUGGACGAGGUUUUCUCUUUGAAUGAGGAGAAAACCACAUGCAUUGCCAAAUGGAAUGCUGUAGCUUUUCAGAAUCAAAGUUUAGAGGUAAAUCUGCAGAGCAUUACUCACGAAAACCUCAUCCUUCUGCAAAAGAUUGAUGAACUGGAAUCUGUAGUGUUGGAGUCCAAGAAUUGGAAAAACAGUUAUGAGACAUGCAUUUGUGAGAAAAAAGAGCUCGCAGAGCUUUUGGAGAAAGAAGCGCUUGAAAAAGUUCAUCUUCAGACACGGUUUGCUACUGUCCAGGCUGAGUUUGAUUCUCUGAGAGAUAAGUUUGAUGAUCUGGCUACUGCAAAUGAAAAUCUGCAGAAGGACGUCAGUAGUCUGAAGGACAAGUUGCUGAACACAUUAGGUUGCUACAAUGAAAAGCUCAUGUCCCUACCUCUGUGGGAAGAAGGAGUGGAUCUUGAUUUGGAGUCCCCUGAUUUAGCAGAGCAGCUUGAUAAAUUCUUGUGUAAGAUAUGUGACAAAAGUCUUGUACUUAUGAAUGAAAAUAAAGAUCUGGUACAGGAAAAAUCCAAGACAGAGUUUAAUUUGAGGGCUGCAGAGGCUGACAUUACUGAGCUCAAGCAGAAGCAUGAAAAUAGUGUACAACGUUUGGUUGCUAAACUUGAAGCUUCCACUGCCCUUCUCGAGAAACUUCAGUUGCAAACUGAGUCUAUCAUGGACAGAAUGAAGGUCAUUACUGAAUCUGAACAAAACUACGAGAGUUGUCACACCGACUUUGUUUCUCGCCUUAAUUAUUUUGAGAAUGAAAUGCGUCUACUCGUGGCUAAGAGUGAGGCCCUUGGCCAAGAGAUUUCAGAAUUAAGCUCUGUAACUGUUGAACAUGGAAGAACCAAGCUGCUUGUGGAAGAACUAGUUGAAGAGAAAAAAGAUCUUCUGGCUUCUCUUCUGGAUAAAUCUCAGGGAAUCUUAGGUCUUGUGGGUGAGCUUGAGAGUUUAAGGACAACAUCUGAUCAAGAGUUGAGACUUGAAAAAAGCUCAAGGCAGGAACUAGAAAUUAAAAUGCAAGAUCUUACUUCAGAGUUGACUGCGCAAAGUUCCAAAUUGCUGAGCUUUGAUGAGCAAAGCUCUGAGUUAUUCCGUCUGAAGCAAAUGGUUUCGGAUUUGGAGUUGGAGAAGGCAAAUCACACUCAUCUUUUGUCAGGAUAUGAAACAUCUCUGAGAAGCUUGAACCGUGAUUCAUCAUAUAUUUCCGAUCUAGAAUCUCAGUUACUGGAAAUGAUGGAAUUUUCAAUAGCAGCAGAUAUCAAGAUUCUUUUCACAAGAUCUGAGUGGGAGAGCUAUGCAGAGGAGCAGCACAAGGAACAUUUUGAGGUAUUGACUGCACUCAAUGGCUCUCGUAAUGUAGAAGCUCAGUAUAUGGAUAAUAAUAUAAAGCUAUUGACAGAUCUCGACUCUGUAAAAUCAGAGUUGAAAACUGAGAGAAGUUUGAGAAACAAAUUAGACAGCAGAAUAGAAGAACUUGCGUCUGAGUUAGAUGAAAAGCAUCUGCUGUUAUCUCAAGUGAAACUUUUGGAGAAGAUGGUAGCUGAACUGGAAUCUGAAAAGGCUUUUCAAAGUUUGGAGUAUGAUAGAAAUGCUCAUCAAGAGUCUUCUUAUAUUGAAGAGCUGUUUCAUUGUCUAAUAGCUGGAGAUGUUCAGCAUGUUUUUACAAAAAUCCAGUCUGAGACCUAUAUCAAUGACCUUGCAGAACAACUUAGCUGCUGCUCUAAGAGCCAUCUCGAGUUUCAAAAGAAGCACGCUGAUAUGGAAUCGGCAUUCAACCAUUGUCUAGUCAACGAGAAGCGGUAUAUGGAAGAAAACAGUCAAUUAUUGAUUAGUCUCGAAGCCUUGAAGUCUGAGCUAGAGUCUUCCAUGGCUAAAAGCAGAGCUCUUGCUGAUAGAAAUGAUGAAAUGUCAGUUGAACUUGAAGAGUACACAAAUAGGGAUGAGAAUGCAGAAAGAAGUUACUCUGAGAGAAGCCUAUGUGCUAAUGAGGCUGAGCAAUUGAAGGCUUUGUUGGUUGAGCAUGAAGAAGAAAUAGAAAAACUGAUGGUGUUAAAGGCUGAGGCGGAAAUUACAGUCGAGGUACUAAAGGAGAAAAUGGCUGAGCUGUGUGGAAAAGGUGCCAGUGAGCUUGAAAAAAUGAAAAAUAGGUGUGGUGAUCUCACUCAGAAGCUCUCUGAGCAGAUUCUGAAAACAGAAGAGUUUAAAAGCUUGUCCACCCAUUUGAAAGAGCUUAAGGACAAUGCUGAAGCUGAAUGCACUCGUUCCCGUGAAAAGGCGGACUACCAAGCCCCGCUGACUCCACAGCAGGAGUCGUUGAGAAUCAUUUUCAUCAAAGAACAGUAUGAAACCAAGCUGCAGGAGCUUCAACAUCAACUGACCAUGUCGAAGAAGCAUAGUGAAGGAAUUCUGAUGAAAUUACAGGAUUCCAUUGAUGAGAAUGAAGCAAGGAAGAAGGCAGAAUCGAGCUAUUUAAGGAGAACCAAAGAGCUGGAAGAUAAAAUAUUGGAACUGGAGGCUGACCUGCAAUCUCUUAUGAACGAUAGACGUGAGAAAACAACAGCUUACGACAUGAUGAAGGCUGAGCUGGAUUGUUCGUUGUUAAGCCUCGAGUGCUGCAAGGAAGAAAAACAGAAGCUUGAAGAUUUUCUGCAGGAAUGCAAAGAGGAGAGACUGAAAAUGUCUAAAGAGUUAGAAUCAAUGAGAGAAUCUGUACAACGUUGCAGCUCUCAUAAACAUAUUCAGAUGGAAGAUGGUGUAACGGAGUUGGCUGACAAAGAUAUAAUUGCAAGCCCCAGACCAAAAAUUCAGGGUGCUACUCAGUCCAGUGAUGUAAAUGAAAACGGAGACCAAUUACCUUCCGGAGAAGCAAUGGCGCUGGACAACAGUGAAGAAAGCCUAGCUUUGAUCAAUGAUAAUUUCAGGACAGAGACUUUGAGGUCUAGCUUGGAUCAUUUAAACAAUGAGCUAGAACGGAUGAAGAAUGAGAAUCUACUACAACCUCAAGAUGAUAAUGAUUCAGAAACCAGAUUUCCGGGUUUGGAACAAGAGCUGAUACUGUUGCGUCAGGCAAAAGAAGAACUUCAAAGGAUCUUCCCUCUAUCUCACGAGAAUUUCAGCUGCGGGAACGCAUUUGAAAGGGUUCUUGCACUGGAAUUAGAACUUGCUGAAGCAUUACGUGGAAAGAAAAAACAAUCAGCCAUCCAUUUUCAAAGCUCUUUCUUGAAGCAACACACCGAUGACCAAGCAAUCUUCCAGAGUUUCAGAGACAUAAACGAUCUAAUCGAGGAAAUGCUGGAGACCAAAGGCCGGUAUGCAUCAAUCGAGACAGAGCUCAAGGAGAUGCAUGACCGUUACUCUCAGCUAAGCCUCAAGUUUGCAGAGGUUGAGGGAGAGAGACAAAAGCUGAUGAUGACUCUGAAGAACGUAAGAGCAUCCAAGAAAGGAAUGCUAUUAAACCGUUCAUCAUCAGCAACUCUUGGUGAACAUUAA